AUGAGAGAAAUCAUACACCUGCAGACAGGACAAUGUGGAAACCAGGUGGGAUGCAAGUUUUGGGAAACCAUCAGUGGGGAGCAUGGGAUCGACCAGACUGGUAAGUAUGUUGGGACGUCUGACAACCAGCUUGAGAGGGUCAAUGUCUACUACAACGAGGCGUCUUCGAAGAAAUAUGUCCCGCGUGCUGUUCUGAUUGACCUUGAACCUGGGACGAUGGAUGCAGUCCGCCAGGGGCCUUUUGGAGAUCUGUUCCGACCGGAUAACUUCGUAUUUGGACAGAGCGGAGCAGGAAACAACUGGGCGAAGGGACACUACACGGAGGGGGCUGAGCUCAUUGAUUCUGUUAUGGACGUUGUCCGAAAGGAAGCAGAAUCAAGCGAUUGUUUGCAAGGGUUUCAGAUCACACACUCUCUUGGAGGAGGAACGGGAGCCGGGAUGGGGACACUCUUGCUGUCGAAGAUAAGAGAGGACUUCCCUGACAGAAUGAUAUGUACAUUUUCUGUUGUCCCGUCUCCGAAGGUAAGCGAUACUGUUGUGGAACCUUAUAACGCAACGCUUUCGAUCCACCAGCUGGUUGAGAAUGCAGAUGAGACGUUCUGCAUCGACAACGAGGCAUUGUACGACAUAUGCUUCCGAACCUUGAAGAUGAGCAAUCCAGGGUAUGGAGACCUCAACCAUCUUGUCUCUCUAGUGAUGAGUGGGGUUACGACGUGCCUAAGGUUCCCCGGACAGCUGAAUGCAGAUCUCAGGAAGCUGGCUGUUAAUAUGAUUCCGUUCCCUCGGCUGCACUUCUUCGUUGUUGGAUUUGCACCCCUGAUUGCUAUAGGCACACAGAAGUUCAAGACGUAUUCUGUCUCUGAACUCACACAGCAGAUGUUUGAUUCGAAGAACAUGAUGACUGCAUGCGACCCAAGGAAGGGACGAUACCUUACGGUUGCAGCAAUGUUCCGAGGGAAGAUUUCGAUGAAGGACGUAGACGAGCAGAUGUCGAUGGUGCAGUCGAAGAACAGCACCCUGUUCGUGGAGUGGAUCCCAAGCAAUGUGAAAACAGCAGUUUGUGACAUUGCACCGACGGGUCUUGAGAUGUCUGCAACGUUUGUUGGAAACACAACAUCGAUCCAGGAACUCUUCAAGAGGAUUUCGGAUCAAUUCACGGUCAUGUUCAGAAGAAAGGCUUUCUUGCAUUGGUACACAGGAGAGGGGAUGGAUGAGAUGGAGUUCUCUGAGGCUGAGUCAAAUAUGAACGACCUGCUUUCUGAAUACCAACAAUAUCAGGAUGCAACGGUCGAAGAUGCCGAGGAGUUUUUAGUUAAUUAA